AUGGCAAUUACCACAAAGAGUGGUAAGGUUGAUGAGUUGGAGAAGAGCAAGGGAAAGAAGACUGAAGUUGUGGUUACUAUGCUCUCAAAACCACCUCCUCCAUUUCCCCAUCGAUUGAAAAAGAAGUUUGAUGACAUAAAUUUUGGCAAGUUUAUGGUCAUGCUUAAGAAGUUGACAAUCAACUUCCCAUUGGUAGAUGCAUUGGAUAAAAUGCCUAGUAUAAACUUGAUGCCACUUGUUGUGUAUAAGAAACUGGGUUUGGGGGAUCCUACUUCCACGAUCAUGAUAUUAGUUAUAGCAGACAAAUUUGUGAAGCUUCCCAUGAGGAUUUUAUAUGACGUAUUAGUGAAGGUGACCAACUUUAUAUUUCCAGCUGAUUUUGUCAUUCUCGAUUUCGUGGUGGACAUUGAGGUGCCCAUAAUCCUGGGUAGACCUUUCCUCACAACCGGGAGUGUACUUACUGAUCUAAAGGAAAAUGAGCUACUAUUCAAGCUGUAA